AUGAGCUUGGUGUUGAGACCCACGUUCUGGGAAGAGGAAGAAAAAUCGCUAAUCCUUAUCCGGAAUCAUGGCUAUGUAACUAAGGACAAUGCCGAGAAGAGGUGCGAUGAGUUCCGUGUGCUCCUUGAACUAAUACCGGAGGAGUUUACAGCGGAAGAUACAAUGCCAGAAAAGGCGUCGAUGACCAGAGAGGAGGCUCACCGUAUAUUUCUGGAAGAUGCUAAGAGGACGUUUGCGAGUGUUGUGAGCCAAAAGAUUGAGGUUGCUUGUAUGGAGAAAGUGUAUGAGCAAUUGGGUGAUUACCAUCAGGGGUUAUGUUUUAUAGUAUCAUUCUUGUUGUUGUUUCUGGAGCCUGAUGAGGUGUUGAAGAUCUGUCAUUACUUAAGUCAUACUUCUAGCAACGGUUACUACAAAAUUGAAAACCCGUUUUAUCUUCGUGACGCGCGAGUGUUUGAAUACCUGCUUCUUAAUCUAAGACAGCCUCUGGGGUCGUUGCUACGGAAACGGACCGUCGUUCCCGGUCAAUAUUUAUCGAAAUGGUUCAUAGGACUUGGAUUACACGUACUAAACUUCUCUGCUAUAUACCUUUACCUAAGAUUGCUACUCUGUAAACCUGAUAGGGUCACUCACUUUCAAGUCGCCCUAAGCCUCAUAGACAAUGUUACACCUGAACUACUUCAAUCCAAAAAUGUUUCGGAAACCAUAGAAAUAUUAAAGCUAGACAAAUCCAAAUUCCCGAAUAACUCUACUCGAAGAACCAUCCACUCAAAAAACCAAUCAGAAGAUGAAGAAACUCCGGAACCUUCACCCACUAAUCAAAUGACUAAGCAAGUCGACAUGGACGAGGUUAACGUAAUUUCGAUAUUCGAUAAAAUCAUCAUGGAUGCUGAACACAUAUACUUCGACCCAGAAAUGGUUCAGCAGUUCACAAACAAAGUAGAAAAUGAAAUGGCAGUAGAAGAAAAACGGCGUCUUGAAUUCCUAGCUGCACAAGCAGAUGAUACUGAUGAAAUCGUAUUCAGUGAUGAAGAAGAAGAGUAG